AUGGGCGCCUUCGAUCGCGUCAAAGCACAAGUGGCAUCUGAUUCCAAAUGGACAUCCAGUCCAUACAAGGGAUUCGUAGCUGGAAGUCCAUCUGGAACCUAUGUGGAUAUUGUUUCAACUGCUUUCGAAGAUGCAACGAAUACAAUGAACUUUGCUCGUCACUCAAAAUACGAUGAAAUGUAUACCCCAUAUCUUGGAUCAUUCCGCGAACGACACAACUACACUUCGAUUGCUCCUAGUUUGUGCAUCAAUAGACCAAACCGAGCAAUUGAAUAUGAUCUGGCACCUCAUAAGGCAUACAAUCCACGUCAGUCUGAAUGGCUUCUUGAGAAAGACAAGAAGUACAGAGUCCGCGGCUCUCGUAAUAUCAUUCACUCGAAAAGCACCUCGGAUCUCAGUUUGCCUCCACUGACUCGCCGUACUUUUACCGUUCCUACGGAUACUAUGCGCCAUCAGAACCAAUUCCUCUACUGGAAUGGACGUGCUUUGGGUCUUGACUACGUGGCUCCAUUCCUUCGUCGUGAAGACUAUUCUCGUCACGAAGACCGUCGAUAUCAGAGAAUUUAUUGGUCUCCACAGUUCAUCGACCUGCUCCCGUCUUGCCGUCAUUCGGCUCAUCUUAUGCUAUCUGCCUAUUAA